AUGGAAUACCAAAUUAAUAUGUUUGUUAGUUCUGGAAUGUUUAUGUUUUCAGAUAAAGAUAAAAAAACAUGUAUAGGGGUUAUUAAAGUAAUAUUUAAGGGUCCCUUAAGUAGUAGAGAUAGUAUUCAAAUACCUUUAUUUGCUGAAUAUAAUGGAUUUAUAAAGAAUGUUUUAAGUAUUCCAAAAGUAGCAUCAAUUAGAGAUCCAUUAUUAAUUUUUACAACAGAUAAAUUAGAGGAGGAACUAUUUUUAAAAAGAAAAGAAUUGAACCCACUUGUAUAUAAAUAUUAUACACAUUUCUCUCAACGUUUUCAAAGUGAUCAAUCUUCUGGACUUGAUAUUUCAUCUAAUUUGGUAAAUAAAUUAUUUCCUGUAGCUACUACUAGAUCUGGUAUGACAACAGAUUUAACUUUACACUUUGUAUCUCAUAAAAUAGAUAGUCAAACAGUUUUAAAUGUACUUAGCCAAUUUCAAUUGAAUGACUUUUCUUCAAGAUCAGAUAUAUAUCUAAAAGAAGUUCAAUUAAUUCCUUCAGUACCUAUUAAACAUAGAGUUGUAAAAGAAUCAAUUUCUCUAAAUAAAGCUAAAGUGGAAAAUAAAGCUACACUAAUGCCACAAUAUGCUAUGUCUAAUAGAUCUUUUAAAGCAGACACGAAACAGAAUAUUCAAGGUAAGCUUAUGGAUACUGUAUCAAUCUUAUCUCAAGUUCUCGUUGAUCCAAAAUCAUCACAAUUAUUAGUGCCUGGGGGAUUGCAAAAUACUGAAUCAACAACAGGACCAUCAAGACAAACAGCAGAACUAGUAAUACCGAUACCACAGCCACAACGAAAAUCAUUACCAUCAAAACUUAUAGAUGAAACAUCACUAUUACCAGUAAUAAAACCACGAAGAAAAUUAUUAGAACCAGGACAAUUGUUAACAAAAGAUUCAUUAUUGGAGUUACCACCAUUUGUACUUCCAAAAAAAGAACCAUCAUCUAUUCCAGCUGGAAGUCAAUUUGCUACACCAGGAUGGUCAACAAAAUCAUUACCAUCUUUAGCACAAAAACUAUCAACACCAGUAUCAUUAUCAAUAAUAAGAGAAGGUCAAUCACAACCAGUGUCUCCAUCGUCACCACCAUCAUCACCACAACCACCACCAAUACUA